GCUUAUAAACUGGUUCCCGUCAACGGAAAUGUCUCUGAAAUAAAAAAUUUUCACAAAUUAUUCGUCUGUCUUACAAGCAACCCUAGCCUCGAAGUUUAUUCAUUUAAAAUCCUACAAUCAAAAUGAUAUACUGUAUAUUAAUAAUAUUUGAUAUAAUCAAUGAUUAGGUAAGGAAUGUGUUACGUAAAUAGGGACUGUUUUUGCAACCAUUUUAAAAACUGGCGCAAAAUUGUUUUAACGAACUGUCUUCAGUAGUCUAUUUACUGUUUCUACGCAUCUUGUCAAAUUAUUAAAGAUAAAACAAAGUAAUUUUAUAAAAGGUGAUUAUGUAUGUAUCUAUUGUAAACAAUACGAGAAAUCUAGUAUCUCCUGAACGGUAUAAUGUCAAAUUUUAAAUGUAUGUCGUGCAGUUCUGUCUUUUCGUGCGUCAUAGAAAGUAGCCAAAUUUGUCAAGUGAAGGCACAGUGCUGCAUUUGAAACCAGGUGGUUUAUAACUAACUCUUCGUAUGUUACAGUUGAUAUAAGACACUGUACCAGUUAUGAACACUGAUCGUAAAAGAAAUACUCAGGAACUAAAAGCAACUUGGAGGAGGCUAUGGGCUGAAAUUUAUUUAACUAAGAGAGAGCCGGCAGAUAGCGGAGAUACCAUAACUGCGAAUUGUAAGGGUGCACUAGUAAUCACUUACAAAGGAGAAAAAGAAUUGUUACAGUAUAUUAAUGAAUCUGUUCAAACAGAAUUAAAAAAUUUGGAAACGGAGAAAAAGAUUCACACAGACUUAAUUGCUUGUAAAAACAUGCUGGAAAAGCAAAUGGAGGAAGCAAAUGAAGAGCAAAUUCAAAUGAAUAAUCCCGUCAGUGAAAAAAUGAACAAGUUUGAGAAUCAAGCUAAAUUUUUACGAAGAAACAAUAAAUCCAUAGGACAAGCAACGAAAAAAUUUGUGAGAGAAAGAUACAACCAAGAAACUUUAACGGUACUGAUUGAAAUUAUAGAUAAAGCUUUAAGAGCUCCCCAUGAUCCCUACGUCAAGCUUGAUAACGAGAGUGAAACUGUUAUAAAUUUAUCUAGUAUAAUCCAACAACAUCCUGAAAAUUCUUCGCUGUUUAAGCUCUUGCCUUUUGAUAUGCACUAA